AUGCUCGGAAAAGCCGUUCAAUGCCCUAAAGUCAACAAGUCAAGCCCAUCUCCAUCAUCACCUCCAGCAUCAUCAUCCACUACAGUAGUUCGUCUCGAUCUCGACCCUCUCCAUUUCGGUUGUGGUCUAUUCCUGGUUACGAUGAAUACCGCACCUAUAUACUCAGCUUGGAACGAUAUAACCCAUCACAAGGCAUUAGAUUGUCCGUAUCUAGAGAGCUCUCAACCCGUUCUCGAUGAUGACAUGGAACCAGCCAUAUGCUUGGGCCCUAACUCCAAUAAUAGUCUUUCGCGAGACAGGGAUGUCUCAGAAACCCAUUUCCAAGUGCUACAUUCUCUAUGCUUCUUCGCCCAAGCGCCCGAAAAGAGUCCUUUAGCUAACCUCGGUGUAUCUGCACAUUAUGGCAAGUUCUCUCCCUAUAUGUCGUCUCUCAGUGACACCUAUCUGGAUGAAAUGUCGAAUACUCCUUCACUCUCAUGGGGAUUGGUACGUAGCUCUAUAUCCACUGGUGUGGCUAAUCCUAACUGUAACUGCCUUGCUAGUACAAAGGUGUACACAUCAAAGGACCUUUUGCGACGGCACUGCAUACCGCUCGCUAAGCGAACGAACAUUGCGAGGCAUAAGCGGAGCUGUGCCGCUGCUGCUGUUGGAAUUAACUCAUAA